CUCAACAGGACCUUUGUAUGUGGAAAACUGUGUGAAUGCUGCCAGUGUGGUGAUGUCUCGGGAGACAGAAGUGGAGAGUCAGCAGCCCCACAGCAGCGGUGCCUGCGUCCAGCCCCAUGGCCCUUCCUCACAGACACACAGCUCCUCACAAUCCCAGGGCACGUCCAGUUCCUCCACCAGCACAGUGCCCACAUCUAGUCAGUCUUCUCACUCCAGCUCAGGGACACUGAGCUCCUUAGACACAGUGUCCACUCAAGAACUCGCCUCUAUCCCUGAGGACCAAGAGCCAGAGGAGCCCCUCCCUGCCCCUUGGGCUCGAUUAUGGGCCCUUCAGGAUGGAUUCACUAAUCUUGAGUGUUUUAAUGACAACUACUGGUUUGGGAGAGACAGAAGCUGUGAAUACUGCUUUGAUGAGCCACUGCUGAAAAGAACCGAUAAAUACCGAACAUAUAGCAAAAGGCAUUUUCGGAUUUUCAGGGAAAUGGGUCCUAAAAACUCUCACAUUGCAUACAUAGAGGACCACAGUGGGAAUGGAACCUUUGUAAAUAGAGUCCUUGUUGGGAAAGGAAGACGCCUUCCUUUGAGUAACAAUUCCGAAAUUGCACUUUCAAUAUGGAAUAAUAAAGUUUUUGUAUUUUUUGAUCUGACUGUAGAUGAUCAGUCAGUUUAUCCUAAGGAAUUAAGAGAUCAGUACAUCAUAUCAAAAACUCUUGGAAGUGGUGCCUGUGGAGAGGUGAAGCUAGCUUUUGAGAGGAAAACAUGUAAAAAAGUAGCCAUAAAGAUCAUUAACAAAAAGAAGUUUGCUGGCUCUGAGAGAGAGGUAGAUCCAGCUCUCAAUGUUGAAACAGAAAUAGAAAUUUUGAAAAAGUUAAAUCACCCUUGUAUCAUCAAGAUUAAAGAUGUUUUUGAUGCCAAAGAUUAUUACAUUGUUUUGGAACUGAUGGAAGGAGGGGAGCUGUUUGACAGGGUGGUGAAUAAACGCCUUAAGGAAGCUACGUGCAAACUUUAUUUUUACCAGAUGCUCCUGGCCGUACAGUACCUUCAUGAAAAUGGCAUUAUUCAUCGAGACCUAAAACCAGAGAAUGUUCUACUCUCAUCUCAAAAAGAGGAAUGCCUGGUAAAGAUCACUGAUUUUGGACAGUCCAAGAUUUUGGGGGAGACCUCUCUCAUGAAAACCCUAUGUGGAACCCCUACCUACUUAGCUCCGGAGGUUCUUGUUUCCUUUGAGACUGCUGGUUAUAACCGUGCUGUAGACUGCUGGAGUUUGGGAGUUAUUCUUUUUAUUUGCCUGAGUGGGUAUCCACCUUUCUCUGAUGCUAAGAAUCAGAUGUCACUGAAGGAUCAGAUCACCAGUGGAAAAUACAACUUCAUUCCCAAAAUCUGGGCAGAGGUCUCAGAGCAGGCUCUGGACCUUGUCAAGAAGUUGUUGGUAGUGGAUCCAAAGGAGCGUUUUACAACAGAAGAAGCCUUAAGACAUCCAUGGCUUCAGGAUGAGGACAUGAAGAUAAAGUUUCAGAAUUUGCUUUUUGAAGAAAAUAAGUUGACAGCUCUACCCCCAGUUUCAGCCCAGCCUUCCACAAGUCAAAAGCGUCACCUUGAAGGGGAAGAAGAGGACGGUAAUGCUGACACCACAAAGCGCCUGGCUGUGUGGGCUGCUCUCUCAUGAGCACUGGCUGAAUACAUGAGAAAUGAAUCCUGCUGUCCUUUUCUUUCAAUCCGUUUUUUUGUAGAUUGUAUUUCAAUUUGGGAACAAUUGCUUUUCCAUAAUCAUUAAAACUCUAAUGGAACUUGGUCUUUGG